CUCCCGCUAGCGUUUGGGGCUAGUGGAACACCUCCGCGCGUUGAACGGCAUCAUGUCUUUGGAAAACGUCGGCGCAAUUAUGGAAUUGAACAGGAUGAGAAUGAUGGUUAGGAGGUUUGCGCGGGUGGGGUUUCAGCUUGAUUUCAACAUCGAUUGAUUUUCCACGGACACGGAAAACUUGAUAUAUACCUCGGGCUCAACACGGUACUCGGAGUGAGGGUGUCUUUCGGCAUCUUUUGAGGAGUUUUCUUUUUACACCAUCAGCAGGGGCCGCAUUCUGCAACCAUGGAGUCGAACAGUAUUGCUACGGGGUAAAAGGAGAUGCAUGUCACAGAGACACGAAAGAGGGGGAUCAGCAGUUGUCUGGGGUGUUGGCAAGGACAUCAGAGCGUCAAGGAACUGCUUCGGAUGAUCUGGGAAAUCCAGGCGACUGUGAACACGGAGCAGGGCAAUUUAUUUUUCUGUUCUUUUGGGCAGUUGUCCGUUCGGGGCUGGGCAUGGAAUGAUUCGGGUGCCAAAAGCGUCGGAGGGCAACCUAUGAUUCGAAUUGCGAGCAUACAAUACGGCGUGGGCGUGGAUUCCGACAUCUGGUUUGACUCGAAUGGGUUGGGACUGGGAAACGCACAUCCGGGGAGUUGGUACAAGCACACAAGACGACUCUUCUUUUCACACGGCGAAAAAAAUCACACAAAAAAUCAGGGAUUUGGGAAUCGGGGUGUUUCUGGCUUUUCUUACUUUGGGGGGGAUCCGUUUUUCCUUAUCUUUCUGCUACGGGGGGUUCUACACCGGAAGGUUGCGCCGCAGGAGUUCUUCACUUGCCUUUUCAGCCCUCGACCGCUUCUUGGGACACCAGGGUCGGCCAGGGCUAAUAAUGGGGUUUCGUGGUUCUUUUUCGACAUGGAAAAAGAAAAGGGAAACUUGACCGCAUCAAGAGGGGGUUUUUGCUGGGAAAGAUGCGGAUUAGAUCAUCAUCAUGGGUUUGCGUUGGAGAAGGGAUCGGAUGGGGGAUUGCUUUCUUAUAGUUUUGUUUUGGCACGCACGCUCGCUCAGGACAGAGCAGCAACCUAAUGAAAAAAAAUACAUGGAUUUGGUCUCCCCUCCCAAGU